AGUACUUCACACCAGUGACAAGAAUGGUUGGUGUCAGCGGAAUAGUCGUCUGCCUACUUCUGGCUAUUAACCUAGUUCAAGGCCAGCAUUGCCGGUGCGUAGUGCCAGAGUUUUGCGAACAGAAGCGCCCUAAAAUAAGUUUUCUACUGCUUCUCCUCUAUGGAUGUGCCCACGGGGAAAUGUGCUGCCCAGAAAACGAAAAUCAAUUCCACUUCCUUUGCCUUACAAUUGUGGUAAAACCAACAAAGACGGUAAGAGUUACACACUGGAGAACCAACAUGAUUUGGCCCUGGAGGGCGAGUUUCCCUGGAUGGUAGCUCUGAUGGAUGAAAAUGACCAAUACUUUGGCGGAGGUUCCCUGAUCGCUCCAGAUGUGGUGCUCACUAGCUCCUAUGUUACCAAAGACAAGGAGAUCGAACAGAUCUUUGUGAGGGCUGGUGAAUGGAACUUUAAGAACACUAGCGAGCCCCAACCGCACGUUAAAGUGGGUAUAAGGUCAAAAGUGCGUCAUCCCGGCUUUCGCAUAGCUUCUGGAGCGAACAAUGCGGCUCUUCUGUUCCUCGAAAGCCCACUGGAGCUAACCCGCCACAUUCAACCCAUCUGUAUGCCUGCGGCGAGUAGGAACUUUGACUCAAGUCGCUGCAUUGUUAGUGGAUGGGGUAAGAAGCUAAAUAGUGACGUCCGCUAUAUGGAUGUACUAAAAAAGAUUGAGGUUCCGUUGGUGAAGAACCCCGUGUGUCAAACGAUAAUGCAGCUAUUAAACGAAGACGAUUUCUUGCUGGACGAAAGUCUAAUGUGUGCCGGCGGCGAACUCACCAAGGACUCCUGCAUCGCACGUGGUGGCUCUCCGCUUGUCUGUCCCCUGAAGGACGAUCCCGAGCGGUAUGAGCAGGCGGGCAUAGGCAAUUUUGGCUUUGGGUGCGGAAUGCAUGGCGUCCUGGUCGUCUACACCAGUGUAGCCAAACUGCGCGGAUGGAUUGAUCAGCAGAUCAGAAAAAAUCAAAUGGAAAAUCGACCAAAAAUGUAAAUUCGAUACACAAUCGCAGUUCAACCAAAUUUUAUAAGCAAAGAAGCAUAUUCUGUUCAUACUACGGAAAACCAUAAGAGCUUAAUUUCCCUGUCUUUAUGCAUUUAAUCUGGAACAAUAAAAGUGUAUCAAUUUA